AUGACCACCUCUCCAAUAUCUUCAAAUCAGACCAACCUCAGAGACAUCUGGUAUACCAUGAUUGGCAUCCCAGGACUGGAAAAUGCACACAUCUGGAUCUCCAUCCCCAUCUGUUCUAUGUACAUAAUAGCUAUUGUAGGCAAUGCGUUCUUGAUAUUCCUGAUCUUCGCUGAGCGCACUCUCCAUGAGCCCAUGUACCUUUUUCUCUCCAUGUUAGCUCUGGCAGAUAUCUUACUCUCCACAGUCACCACACCAAAGAUGCUAGCCAUAUUCUGGUUCCAAGCUGGGGGGAUUUCUUUUGGUAGCUGUGUGUCUCAAAUGUUUUUCCUCCAUUUCAUCUUUGUGACAGAGUCUGCCGUAUUGCUGGCUAUGGCAUUUGAUCGCUUUGUGGCCAUCUGUUAUCCACUGAGAUAUACAACCAUCCUAACCCACUCAGUCAUUGGGAAAUUGGGUGUGGCCUCUGUAACUAGGAGUUUCUUCAUUUGCUUCCCCUUGAUUUUUCUGGUUUAUCGGCUCACUUACUGUGGGAAGAAUAUCAUACGUCACUCAUAUUGUGAACACAUGGGCAUUGCCAGGCUGGCCUGUGACAGCAUCAAAGUCAAUGUCUACUACGGUGUGAUUGUGGCUCUGUUUUCCACAUUUCUAGAUGUGAUCAUUAUCAUUGUCUCCUAUGUGCUUAUACUUUGUACUGUGUUUAGAAUUCCUUCCCGAGAUGCCCGACACAAGGCUUUGAGUACUUGUGGCUCCCAUGUCUGUGUCAUUCUCUUGUUCUACAGUCCAUCUUUCUUUUCUUUUCUUGCUCACCGAUUUGGAGGCCACAGCAUACCCAUCAGUGUGCACAUCCUCAUUGCUAAUCUCUAUGUGGUUGUACCACCCUGUCUCAACCCCAUCAUCUAUGGAGUCAAGACCAAGAAAAUCCAAGACAGGGCUGUGCAGGUCUUUUCUAUUAGCAAUAAAUUCUGUUGA